AACGAUUAAUAACGGAGUUGAAGUUGAGACAGACGUUUAAUUAAAAUUUCUCAAACUCACUAGACCAUUCAAGUGUGCCGGCGGGUGUGUGUGCGUGCAUGGUGCGUGGGGAUUUGCAGUGAGCGUCAUUAAUUUCCGUGCAGACACAAAGACAUUACACACGUCGCAUAGCAUAACUACGCAACUUACAGUGGACAUAAACAUGAAAGAGAUAAACAUAAACAGUGUGAAUCAUUCGGAGCUGCUGAGCGGUUGUCAGCCUCCGGUGCCGGUUGCUGUCGGCGUUACCAAGGUGAUGGAGGAUGGUGUCACCGGUGCAGUGCUGGACGGGAAGGGAAGCAAUCAGAUUCAAGCCCUGCUGGAACGCAAUGAAAAUCCGCCCGAAGUUCUGGCUGGCGCCACGCUUCACCGUCCAAUGCGAACGUUUUCUCCAAUCAGUGGCGUAUCGAAGCUGUUGAAGAAUCUUUAUCUGUGCGGAGGAAGUGCUGCCUCGGUGGCAAUGAUGCAGCAACUCGGUGUGACCUUCGUGGUCAAUGCUACCACCGUCACUGAACUGACUGAUACACCACUUCCGGCGGAGGAUACACGCUAUCUAAGAAUUCCGGUGAAGGAUAACCGUGAGGCGAACCUGGAACGAUACUUCCACGAGGUGGCGGACUUGAUCGAAGAGGAGUCUAAAGCUGGUGGAGUUGUGCUGGUACAUUGUGUGGCUGGUAUCAGCCGGUCGGCAUCCCUCUGCCUGGCCUACCUGAUGAAAUACCAUCGGAUGAGCCUAAAGGAUGCGUACAAUCACAUAAAAGACAAACGGCCCCAAAUUCGACCAAACGUGUCCUUCGUCAAGCAACUGAUGGACUUUGAGCAGAAGCUGUACGGUAUCCGCACCGUCACGAUGGUGUACUGUCACGCACUCGAUCAGGAACUGCCGGACAUUUACGAGCCCGAGUUCCGCACGAUGGAAAUGUUGUACCAGAAGUUUCGGCGGAACAUUGCACGGCGUUAGGGCGUUACCACGUACAUGCUUGAAAUUAUUCCACUUAUUCCCUAUUAAACUUUAGAAUAUGCGUGUAAGAUGAAUGUGACACGGUUGUGAGCGAGUGUUGCAUGAUUACCUACGUCUCAGCUAUUAAUACUUCGCACGUGUGAAAAAACCGAAGACUAAACCGUAGGCCGAUGGCUAGCGUUAAGACAUGCGGCACCGGUCAGUGCGGCUGACCGGUCCAUUCUCUACUGAUUUAUGAUAGUAUUCUCCUUCUACAACUUUACGAUUCUCCAAGCCCCGAAAACGGGGGCACCGAGAAGGGCGUUGUCACUAGAACGGCCCACACUGCAUGCACAUUGUAUGUACUAAAAUAUUAAUCUUUUAUUACCUAAAUCUAACAAGCGUCAGAAGACAGUGUGUGCAGCUGCUACACAGUGGUGAUUAUUUGAUGUAAAUCUAAACUCCGAUAUUCGUUGCACCAUUCUUCGGCACAUACGGCGGUUCGAAAUGCAAAACGUAAAGCUACGGUACAGUUAAGGCAUCAACUUUCCUCAAAGACACAGGUCCCACUGAUUCGAAACCAAUUAAAAAAAAAAAAUUGCUGUGAUUGGAACAAAUGAUAAAUGUUAAGCGAAAGAGCAAAGGCAAAGGAUUUUGGUUUGAUUAUUUCUCUGCCGAAUUGCGUUUUGCGAGUUGCAGAACUGAGCGGUUGAGUUUGGGGCAGAUUUGGU